AUGUCAACACCAACACAAUCGCAAUCUUUUGUGUCUCAAGAACUAACAAACAUACUUUCCGAAUAUGAAUAUGGUAUUAUACCUAAUUCUAUAAAAAUCCCUCAAACUACCAAAUCGACGACAGAAAGUUCAAAUUUCCAACUUUGUUUGCUUGAAAAUAUUCAACUAACUAUCAGCAUUACAGACAUUGGAUUUAUUAUUACGGAGGCAAUCCCAUAUCCCACCGCUAAAGAGGUCAAUAAAAUAGAUUUAGAAACUGUUAACAAAUGGAUUAAUCAUCCUUUUGAAACGAUGGAAUCGUUAUUGUUAACCACUAGUCCUAAAUUCG